GCUUCGAGACAAAAGCCGAGACGCUCGGAGCAAGCUCAGAGGUGCUCGCAUAGUCGUGCGGUGUGGAGUGCGUGUCGCGGGUAUCCAAAGCCCCGCUGAGUGUCCUGAAAGGAAGGGGCUGCUAGUGUGACAUCCGUCGCUAAAUUUAAUGUGACGGUAUCUUAAUAAAACAUAAAGCAAAAAUGUCGGAGGGAAAGAGGCGGAGAGAUGGAGCGUUAAAUAUGUCAUAACGAGGAGAUUUGGAUUACUUCAUCUUUAACAUUGGUGUCCAUUUGAAUUAUAAUGAACCUCAACAUGGAUGGAUUUCGUCUUCACCAUCUGGUCUCUGGCCCUAUAGCCAAUCUAUUGCAGUCAAAAUGGAUUAAAGAAGUCAAAUGGAUGAAUCCAAGAGCGUCGACCAACGAGGCGUAUCAACCAACCUCGGUUGAACACAUAGCAAAUGUCGUUACUCAUGGGAUGUGGGUAAUACCUUCGCUUUUGGCUGGAGUAAUGCUUGUCCAACGCUCCUCGACGCAAAUGCAACUCAUCUCUGCUAUGGUAUACGGAACUGCGCUUCUUCUCGUCUUCACAAUCUCUACGUUUUUUCAUAGCGUACAUUACUGCAAUCAUAACAGGCAACUUAAGGAUGCGCUCCAUCGAUGCGAUCGCGCAAUGAUAUACGUCUUCAUAGCGGCAACCUAUUUCCCUUGGUUAACGGUUAAAGAUUUUCCAGACGACGGAUUAUUGAUAGCGAUGCGUUAUCUUGUUUGGAUUAUGGCGAUGCUCGGUAUUCUUUACCAACAAGUUUUUCACGAGCGUUUCAAAAUGCUCGAGACCAUCUUUUAUCUAAUCAUGGGCAUCGGACCCAGCAUUGCGAUCAUCAAUAUUACAGAAAUCAGCGGUAUAAAAGAGCUCAAAGUUGGCGGACUGAUUUACAUAGCAGGCGUUGUAUUCUUCAAAUCGGACGGACGUAUACCAUGUGCGCACGCUAUAUGGCAUCUGUUUGUGGCUGCGGCGGCAGCGUUCCACUACUACGCAAUACUGAAUUACCUUUAUCCCAGUCCAGAGAACUUGAAUCUGAAUGUAUCAACGGAUUCACCUCAUUCUGGUGCUUUGGAAUCUCACUUGGAACUUUAAGUUUGAACAUAAAUUGUAAAUAAUAGAUAGAAAUCAACUAUGCAGGAUACGGUAAAACCAGAUCUGUUAGUCAGCGAAAACGCAAUAGUUGGAUUAUAUUAAAAAUGCACAGCCUGAUCUUCUUGCCACAUAGCUCUCUAAUAUUCGAGGAUACAAACCUUGAUAAUAUCAUAUAUUAUAGUGCUUACAACUUUGAUUUAAAAGAAGCUUGUGUCACUUAAACCGUGAAAAACUAUGCUUCAAGAUUCCGAGAACUGUGCGUUCUCAAUAUUUUUAUUCGUAUCGUUUCAAACAGUCCUCAAAAUUUAUUCGGAAACUAACCGACCGUUGACCAAUGCCUUUAAACAAAUUACUUGAUCGUAAAUAUCAUAUAUUACAGGUGAAAUUUCACACUGUAAAAUGUUUUAUAUAAUUGUAGAAUUGUUUUCGUCAAUACUCACAGGGUAUAUACCUUCUUAAAUCGACAAAAGUUGAUGAAGAAUUCUCAAUUAGAUAUCGAAGUUUGAUAUCCAUAUAGAUUGAUAAUAAAUUGCCAAAUUUUUAGGAUAUUUCAGUAUAUCGAAUCAUUGCAAAUUUCUCAAAGAAUAGUAGCUAAUAAUUUGUUAUCCUAGUGUAACUAGUAGAAAUGAAAAUGUGAUUCUUUGCGAUAAAAUACGCAUACUUGCAAUCGUUCUAUAUUCUCUAGCAAAAAUACGUGAAAAAUCAUCACUCAUUAGUGAAAAAGAAAUAUAUAUAUAUAUAGGUAGCUGAAUUCAAAUUUAUUUAGUAUGUUAUCAAAAGCUUCAGGCUCACACGAUACUGAAUCUAUAUCACUGAUAAACUCUUAUUUAUUAUUGGCUCGUCUAGUUAACACACUUCUAUAUGAUUUUUUAUUUCUUUUGCUCAAUAAUACGAAACAUAUUUACCAUCGUCAAUCUAGCAGUAAACAUUUGUCCUCCGUAAUAAUAUACACAUCCAAGCAGAAAUAUUUAAUAAGGAUCCAGUAGUAUACAUGAUAGUGAUCUUGAGUUUAUUAUAUUACUUAUACUACUGACUUGUUAGAUAUCAAUAUUUGAAAUAAUUAUUUUUUGAUAAAAAUUAUUCGAACUUCGCGAUUACAAAGGCUGUUUCUUCUGUUUGCCAAAAGUAUUUGUUCAAAAUCCAGUUAAAAUAUAGUUUAGAAUAAUAGAUAUCAUUGUUGUAUACUUUUAUUUUUAUUCUAGCUUAUGAAGUUUAAUUGCGUCAAUUAAGCAUAUAUUUACAUAUAAUAGUUAUGUGAGUCGAAUAGGUCAAACCUUACUAAUAUACUCUCAACGUAUUACCAGAUGUCCUUUAUAGCAUGAGCUGGUGUUAUUAUAGAUUUUUUGAUUCUUCCAUCCGAAUAUAAAUACUUGUAGCAAUGUUAUAAAUACCAAAAAAUUAUAAACAAGUAUAGUUAAUGAUACGUAAUAGUUUGAAGAGCAUAAUAUUUUAGAAUAGAAUAACUGAUGAAUUCUCCAAUUAAUCCAUUUAAUGGAUAUAUUUGACAUUUGUAAAUUAAUUAUUAUACAUUUAUAAUUAUUAUCCAACUUUUAGUGCAAUAUUUAGCCUAUGAGGCAUAUUCAAGAUUCGUAUGCUUAUACGUAUGUAUUCUUGUUUAGUAUUGCAAGCCAUGUCAUUAUUAUUGUAAUUUCAACAGUCAAAUUCAGAACGGGAAACGUGAAUUACAUUGGUUUGGCCAGGCCAGUAUAUGAUUCAAAAUUCCUGACAACUAAACAAAAGUUGCGAUUUUCUGUAUCGUAACAUUUUCCCAUAUUGGUUAAAAAAAAAGGGGUGGGGGGGGAGGGGAGGGGGGGGGGUGGAAACUAAAAUGAAGUAUAUUAUUAUUUUCACAUUGUGUUCAUUGGCAGGAUUGUAAAUAAUUUUAUUUUCUUAAGUACAUGUUGAUUCUACAAAUUAGUUGUUAAAUUAAUAUUAUAUCCAUUUAAAAAUUAAUCAGACAUCCAUUCCUUUAUAGAAUCGUUAUUUUUUAGUUGGAAAAUUGAACAAGAAAAAAAAAAACCUUUAGAGAUAUAAUUUAUUUUCUACUUAAUUAACUCGAAAAAACAUAAUUCUCGAUAAUAUGCGACACGUAUUUUUUUAGUUAUUUCAGGGAAAAAUCUUCGCUAUGUAUUGUAUCAAAAUGUUCACGAAUAGAAGAAUAUCAAAAAAUACGGAUUGGCUUUGCAGAUGUACUGCUGUAUUGUUACAAUUCAGUAAAGCGAAUCGGAAAGCGAAUUUCAAGUAAUAUUUAAUUUUCAUUCGCAUGUGAGACACGAAAUUCGGUUAUUCUACAUCGUACAUCCUUGCGAUGCAUAUAUUUAUAGGUAUAUAUAAGUAUAAAUAUAAAUUUUAAAUAUAAAUAGAAAAUUGGGGAACAUAUUGAUUAAGUAAUUGAUAUCUGAUAAAAUUAUGCUCAUAUUGAAAAUAAAAUAACCAGCAAAACUUCAAGCUUGUAAAGAACCGAGAGCUUGAAACACAAGCGUAUGGUAAACGAUGCGUAAUCUAUAUGAUUAAUUCUAUGCCAGAACCAAUUUUUUUGACACACAAUAUGCAUAUGUAAUCGGAUACUCUUCGUAGGUAUAGAUGGAUUAUGAAUUAUAAUUGAGUCAUAUGUCCUAUAUCGUAUUGAUUUCCAUAUUCUAUAUGUAUACUGCGUUGACCCAUGCGCCUAUGAGUUCAUUCAAUUAUAAUUAACAAACCUUGGUUCGAAUUACAUAGCAAAUCGAUGAUAUGAGAGUCAUUUAACAUUUCAAUUGUAUGUAAAUUUUUUUGAUCUAGUCGAUGAGUCAUUUCACAGAAACAUAAUAAAUGUAGUAGGAUAAUUUUGAGUUGCGAGUGCCAGGCGUUCUAACGAAUGUAAUUCAAAAUGAUCGAAUUGAUGUUGAAAUAUCAAUCAAUAUUAAUAUCGCAAUUGGCAAAGUACGUUCAAUUCUUUCGGAAUUUCAUAUUCGAUUUGCGGACGUUUUUUUGGACACACGUAACAAUCCACACGAAUGUAUUCAUGCAGAUACACAAAUGUGUUAUGAUUUGUACCAAACAUGG